GGCAACGGAGAAAGACUUACAUUUCUGCUAGCUCCUCCAGUUCGCGUACCGUUCCGACUCCUAGCCGUUCCGAGCGGGGCCCUCUCUCCGUCCGUCCGUCCGACCUGGUCCCAUGUGAGCCACCCCUUUUGCGGCGACCCUUGGCAGUGUUUUCCCUACGCCAACCCCCGGUCCGGAUAGAUCCGGAUACGGUCUCCGCCCACCCCCCGUAGUAGCCCCGUUGCGCUCGGUGGGGCUAGCUAGCCUCCGCACCGGUCUGCGGUCCGGUCCCGGGGCCCACCAGCCAUAACCAGCUGUUUCUUCGCCAGUCAGCGACAACAGACACAACGAUGCACGGGACGGUGGAUACCGACAAGAAUGCAGACUCGGCGUCGCUCCGGGAAAAGGUGCAGCUACGGAAGGGGGAAAAGUGGCGCAUCCUGAAGAACAUCAUCACCGUCUCGUUCGCGUUCAUGGUGCAGUUCACCGCGUUCCAGGGCACCGCCAACCUGCAGUCCUCGAUCAACGCCAAGGACGGGCUCGGCACGGUGUCGCUGAGCGCGAUCUACGCGGCGCUGGUCGUUUCGUGCAUCUUCCUGCCGACGCUCGUGAUACGGAAGCUGACGGUCAAGUGGACGCUGUGCGUCAGCAUGCUCUGCUACGCACCGUACAUUGCGUCCCAGUUCUACCCACAGUUCUACACGCUCGUCCCGGCCGGUAUCCUGCUUGGGCUGGGGGCCGCCCCGAUGUGGGCCAGCCAGGCCACGUACCUGACGCAGCUCGGCCAGGUGUACGCCAAGCUCACGGACCAGCCGGUCGAGGCGAUCAUCGUGCGCUUCUUCGGCUUCUUCUUUCUCGCCUGGCAAACGGCCGAGCUGUGGGGCAACCUCAUCUCCAGUCUCGUCCUGUCGAGUGGUGCGCACGGUGGCGGUGGCGGUGCCGCCACGUUCGACGACGGGGUGAACGGGUCGGUGAUCGCGACGCACGAUAACAGCCUGCACUACUGUGGUGCCAACUUCUGUGUGGUGGAAACGUCCGACAACAGCAACCUGCAGCGGCCGCCGGACUCGGAAAUCUACGAGAUAUCGGCCAUCUACCUGUCCUGCAUCGUCGGGGCCGUCAUCAUCAUCGCCGUCUUCCUGGACCCACUGUCACGGUACGGUGAGCGGCGCCGUGGAUCCAUCUCGGCGACCGAGAUCUCCGGCAUGCAGUUGCUGUCCGCGACCUUCAAGCAGCUGAAGAAGGCGAACCAGCAGCUUCUGAUCCUGAUUACCGUGUUCAUCGGCAUGGAGCAGGCAUUCAUCGGGGCCGACUUCACCCAGGCGUACGUGUCGUGUGCGCUCGGCAUCCACCAGAUCGGCUACGUGAUGAUCUGCUUCGGUGUCGUCAACGCGAUCUGCUCCAUCAUCUUUGGCUCGGCCAUGAAGUACGUCGGCCGGAUCGUCAUCAUCAUACUAGGGGCAAUCGUUCACGGGGGGUGCAUCAUCUAUCUGCUGUACUGGAGACCCCAUCCGGACCAUCAGCUGGUCUUCUUUAUCCUGUCCGGCCUGUGGGGCAUCGGGGAUGCCGUCUGGCAGACGCAGAUCAACGGUCUGUACGGUGCACUGUUCCGCCGGAACAAAGAGGCUGCCUUCUCGAACUACCGACUGUGGGAGUCGGUGGGGUUCGUGAUCGCCUACGCGUACUCCACGCAGCUGUGCGCCCGAAUGAAGCUCUACCUCCUGUUUGGGGUACUAGUCUGCGGGAUGCUGGGCUACACGAUCGUCGAGGUGCGCCAGCAGAAGAAGGAGAAGCGGAUGAAGCAGCUCGAGGAGAUACCCAAGCAGCAGCAGACGGACGCCGACCGGAAAGCCAUCGAGGAGGACGACGAGAAGGAUGAGCUGGAGGAAGAUAUCGUGGUUACGCACCUCUAGGUGGUGGCCCGUGCGCGAGUACCGUUAUAGGCCCACCCCAGCACAGCACAGGGAGGGCAGCGAUGGAAGUGCCGGCUUUCCGUUGCGAUCCGUGUGCGAUCCUUGCAACCUUCCAGUGAUGUAGUCACAUACCAACACCAGUAAGUGAUGGCCGUUUUACGGCCCGCUCGAUACGAUACUGGUAUCGCUAGUAACAAAGAUAUGCGAAUCUAAUAAAACAUUAAAACGAA